AGAGACUUCAACAUAAGUUUCACACCUUGGAAUGUGAGGGACUCUCUCGCAUCUCCAGUACAUCUCCAACUCUGCGCAGGAGGGCCCCAAGCAACUUCUUCCACCUUCUCAUACUGCAAGGGGUCUGGGGGCUUGUGAGAGCCCUUAUCAUUGUUGACCUUCUUUUUAUGUUCUCCGCAAGGAGCAAGAGGGCGAGGAACAACUUGGUGCUGGGGAACUGACCUCUGGCCCUGCGGGCCUCUGGAGAAGUGAGGCAGAAGAGGAGUGGUCGGGGCUGGGGGACUCCAUGCGGGGGCCAUGGACAGAGUGGCACUCCUGGCACUGCCCCGCCUGUGCGCGCUGUGGGCAGCCCUGCUCGCGCUGUUCCCCUGCGGAGUCCAAGGAAACUGGAUGUGGUUGGGCAUCGCCUCCUUUGGGGUUCCGGAGAAACUGGGCUGCGCCAACUUGCCACUGAACAGCCGCCAGAAGGAGCUGUGCAAGAGGAAACCCUACCUGCUGCCCAGCAUCCGCGAGGGCGCCCGGCUGGGCAUUCAAGAGUGCAGGAGCCAGUUCAAACACGAGAGAUGGAACUGCAUGGUCGCCACUGCCAACGCCGCCGCCGCUGCCCCGCUCGGCACCAGCCCCCUCUUUGGCUACGAAUUGACCAGCGGUACCAAGGAGACAGCAUUUAUUUAUGCUGUGAUGGCGGCAGGCCUGGUGCACUCUGUGACCAGGUCAUGCAGUGCAGGCAACAUGACAGAAUGUUCUUGUGACACCACCCUGCAGAAUGGUGGCUCGGCAAGUGAAGGCUGGCACUGGGGGGGCUGCUCUGAUGAUGUGCAGUAUGGCAUGUGGUUCAGCAGGAAGUUCCUGGAUUUCCCCAUCAGAAACACCACGGGAAAAGAAAGCAAAGUCCUGUUAACAAUGAACCUACAUAACAGUGAAGCUGGAAGGCAGGCAGUAGCCAAGUUGAUGUCAGUGGACUGUCGCUGCCAUGGAGUUUCUGGUUCCUGUGCUGUGAAAACAUGCUGGAAAACCAUGUCUUCUUUUGAAAAGAUUGGCCACUGGUUAAAGGAUAAAUAUGAAAACAGUAUCCAGGUAUCGGACAAAAUAAAGAGGAAAAUGCGCAGGAGAGAAAAAGAUCAGAGGAAAAUACCAAUCCGUAAGGACGACCUGCUCUAUGUUAAUAAGUCUCCCAACUACUGUAUGGAAGAUAAAAAGCUGGGGAUCCCAGGAACACAAGGCAGAGAAUGCAACCGUACAUCAGAAGGCGCAGAUGGUUGCAACCUCCUUUGCUGUGGCCGAGGCUACAACACCCAUGUGGUCAGGCACGUGGAGAGGUGUGAGUGUAAGUUCAUCUGGUGCUGCUAUGUCCGCUGCAGGAGGUGUGAGAGCAUGACUGAUGUCCACACUUGUAAGUAAUGGCUCCAUCCAGACUCGAGGAAGACUCAGCAACAUGCAAGGGGGUUGCAACCCAGAGGGUACCUCUCAAGGUGCCGGGCUGGCCAAGUUGACUCCUGCAUUGGCAUUUCCAGAUCCUUAGGUCCCUCUGAGCUUACCUUUACCUGACUGACAUUCAUCACACAUUGAUCAUGGAUUUCUUGGGAUUUUGAACUUGAAAAGUUUUGCAUUCAUCUGAGAGUGGUUUGGAGAAUGUAUAUUGACAUACGAGGAAGAUAAAUCUGUUUUCUCAGCAAGAAAGAACCCUCACACUGGAGACCUGGUCCAUAAUCAGGAUAAGAUCCUCAACUGUGGAACUCAGUAAUGGUGGGUGAACAUCAGUCGUUUUUUAUAGACAUCUCUAUAGCAACCAGGAGUGGUAAACAAGAAUCUCAUUUAUUCUCAGUAUUUUAAUUGAAGAAAUGUUACUAAGUGUUUGUGCAUAGACAGAUGUUGAAAAGUUAAACUGAGUGGUUGGUGCUUACUUACCCUUUCAUGUACUUCAAAAGGAGGGCAAUAGAAAAGAAUCUUCAUAAGUACAUAAUAUCCCUAAAAAGUGUUCAUUAGAGACAUUUAGUGACAAAGAGUCAAAAUGUAAAAAGUAAAAUGUAUUAAUUGGAUUCUAAGUGCCUUUUAAUCAGGAGAAUUUGUUUAGAAAAACUUCUAUAUGGUAUACAGCAAUCUUUGAUCUUUAAAUUCACACUUUUAUUAUAGACCAGUUUCUUCUGUUAACAACUCAGCACUGAGAUAUUGGGAGAGGGAGAUUCUGGAAACAGAUGGGAAUACACUAUAGGUAAAAAUAUAAAGGGCUCUCAUAUAUUACAAUGAAAAGCACCCUUUAAAUGUGUAAAGACAGUAUUUUGUAUAGUAUUUUGCUAAAAAAGUUUUAUAUUUUGUAAAUAUGGUAUUUAAGUUAUAUGACAUAUAUUAAAACGUAAGACAUUUGUUGUCAAAGUCCAAGAGCUGAGGCAAUAAGAUUAUCUCAGAAAUAAGAUUAGUCUGUUUCUUUUCAUAUUAUUAUUUCUGACUUUUUUAACAUUGCAAAAGAAGGUAAUUGAGCAAUUAAUUAUAUGGAUGUGUAUUUCUUGCCAAAAUGACAGUUUUAUAUGUUAUAGAUUAAAAUAUGCUGCAAAAUAUUGAGAAUUGUGUUAUUUCAGUAGUCAGAUUAAUUGAAUUCUCUUUUCACAUUAGUUAUGUUUAACUUGUAAGGUAAUUAUAAUAAAUUAUAUAGCAAGUCUAACUGGAUAAAAGAAUCUAAGUCAGAGUAAUGAUCAGAUUUGAUAUCCUGGAUAUUUAUUAUAUUGUAUGUAAUGCUGCAUUUCCAUUUGAAUGUUGAGUGGCCUUUCUUGAUUUAAUAUUCAUGCAUGUAUUUUCAUUAUAUUUUACAAGGUUCCUGGUGAAAAUUACAGGGCUGUAUUUAAGGUUGUAUUUUAAUAUAAAUGCUUAUGGUUUUAUGCAUUGUUAAAUAUUUCAGUAUUAUAUAGAAAAAAGCUUUCUACAUUCAGGAUGGAUAAAGAAAGAAUAUUCUCUUUCCUAUGAAUAAGAUAAAGAAAUGUUUCCCUGACGCAGAGGCUUCAUUUGAUUUCCUUUAAAUUUCAUUUACUAAGGUAGAGCCAUAAUUUGUGAAAAAGAGAAAACCCAUGGAAAAUGUACCAAUUCUAGUAUUCAAAUCAAGACUAAACAUGUGCCAGGCGUGGUGGCAUAUGCCUACAAUCCCAGCAACUUGGAGACUGAGGCAGGAGGAUCUCGAGUUCAAGUCAGUCUCAGCAACAUAGUGAGGCCCUGGGAAACUUA